UUCACCCAUCUUUGCUCUUUGCACUUUUGGAAUCCAACGUCUCCUAUCUUUGGUCUUCGCACCAAUAGUAUUACUUACCCAUCUUGAAUAGUCUUUCGUGCUUUUGACUCAAAAUGCAAGCAGAAAAGCAGCAGCAGCAGCGGCCAUGGAAAUUCUCCAUUCAUGCAAAGGCCAAGAAGUUCCGUUUCAAACUCAAAGCAACAAGCAUCUUACCCACUUGGGAGCUCCAUCAGUGCUCCAUUGUUUUGAAGCUCGGGAAAUACCUCCUCAGAUUGAACUCCGAAUACGGAACCCCAAUUACUCCCAAGAAACAGCAACCCAAAUCCCUUAAAUCCAAAUUCCGCAGACUUCUCCAGAAAGUUAGCUUUCGAAGGUCCAAGAACCGAGCCAUUGGGUUCAAGCAAACGUCAGAUCUCUCACACCCAAAAGCAAACACUACGAAAUGGUUUGCUUAUAAGGAACUAAUCUUUAUGGGUCAUUUGGUCGUUGGGAUUCUUGCAUUUAUAUAUCAAUACCCAGAUCGGAAGGGAGUUAUCAUUCCUUGUUGUGUUAUCUGGCUAUACUUUGCUUUAUGGUUCAAGAAUUACAUGACAGGAAGAAUCAUCAGGAAGUUCUUAGUCAUUGUAGUGUCUGCAACAGCGGUUUGCUCAUUAGUAUUUGAGUUGGACAAUUAUUUGAGAUAUGAUUAUAUUCAGAUGGCGUGGAACCAUGUUGUUUCCUCCAGCUUGCCCGGUGAAUUUCCUCGUCUUUUUCAGACAUCCUAAAGGAAUAAUCACAGGGGUAAGAACAUAAAUUAUCAUUUUUUUUUCAGGUAUGUCGCAAGCUUUUUAUCUGUUUUGAUGGGGCUGAGUAAUAAACGAAGCCGAAUAUAUGAUCAUGUGAGACAACAUUCUAAAACUUCUUUGCGGCUUCUUAUUCGAUCUUAUCGGUUUGUUCAAACUGUAAUUUUCAUUAUGGGAUCUUUUGUUUUGCUUAUAGAAAUUUGACAAAAAUGUUAUGACUCUUUCAUGGCAUUUUACCGUUCUAA